GUCACGGUCUUCGGCCAUAUUAAAUCUACCGACACCUGCCUGAAUCUGAUUUUACGUCUUUUGCGGUCGAAGUUGUGUUGAAAUUCGUACCUAUUCCGGGCCAUAAGCCGAUUCUUUCAUUGUACAUAGAAAAGUAAUGCCAGUUUCUCUGUGAUCUAUUUCCCGAUCGACCGCUGAGCAGGAUGAAUCCGUCGGAGCCGCACGGAUUCAAUGCGCCGUUUAACAUGGCAACCAUCAAGCAGGUGAUAAAUGAGGCCGUGGAGCGGGUGCGGAUGCCGACUCCUGUGCGGCUUCGUGACCUGAUUCGGCACAUUCGAGCAGCACGCACGGCCGCCGAGGAGCGAGCGGUGGUGAACAAGGAGUGCGCCCUGAUCAGAGCUUGCUUCCGCGAGGACGACUCCCUGUGGCGGUGCCGCAAUUUGGCCAAACUGCUCUACAUCCACAUGCUCGGCUACCCAGCUCACUUUGGUCAGCUUGAGUGCCUCAAGCUGAUCGCCUCGCCCAGGUUCACUGAUAAAAGAAUAGGCUACCUGGGCGCCAUGCUGCUUCUGGACGAGAGACAGGACGUCCACCUCCUCAUCACCAACAGUCUUAAAAAUGACCUCAAUUCGACCACGCAGUUUGUCGUCGGUCUUGCCCUGUGUACUUUAGGCGCUAUUGCCUCGCCGGAAAUGGCACGAGAUCUUGCCUCUGAAAUUGACAGGCUAGCCCGCAGUCCAAAUGCCUACAUCAGGAAAAAAGCGGCACUCUGCGCGUUUAGGGUUGUUCGAAAAGUGCCUGAGAGCAUUGAAAUAUUCCUUCCUGCCACGAGAUCGCUUCUCACUGAGAAAAACCACGGUGUUCUAAUUACUGGAGUCACGCUAAUCACGGAGAUGUGUGAGAAGAGUCCGGACACGUUAGCGCAUUUCAAAAAACUGGUGCCAAACUUGGUCAGAAUCCUGAAGAACCUCAUCCUGGCUGGCUACAGCCCCGAGCACGACGUUUCUGGUGUCAGUGAUCCAUUUUUGCAGGUCAAGAUCCUGCGGUUGUUGCGAAUUCUCGGCAGAGGAGACCCAGAGACGAGUGAGGCCAUGAAUGACGUUCUAGCUCAGGUGGCAACAAACACAGAAACUACAAAAAACGUUGGAAACACUAUUUUGUAUGAAACUGUUUUGUCCAUAAUGGAUAUUCAGUCGGAAAGUGGACUUCGAGUCUUGGCUAUCAACAUUUUGGGUCGAUUUUUGCUGAAUAAUGACAAAAACAUCAGAUACGUGGCGUUGAACACAUUGCUCAAGACUUCAGCUAAAGACCUGUCUGCGGUUCAGCGCCAUCGGUCCACUAUUCUCGAGUGCCUCAAAGACCCAGACGUGUCGAUCCGCAGACGAGCCAUGGAGCUGUGUGUCGCGUUGGUGAACCACAGCAACGUGCGCUCCAUGAUCACAGAGUUGCUACUGUUUGUCGAGCGGUCACCAGAACCAGAAUUCAAGUCUGUGUGCUCUUCGCACAUCAUGCACUGCGCUGACAAGUUCAGCCCAGACAACAAGUGGCGGCUGGAGACGCUUCUCAGGGUCAUUGUUGCUGCUGGGAACAAUGUCCGCGACGAUGUAGUCAGCUCCACAAUCCAACUCAUUUCCGACUCGCCAAGGGAGCUGCAAGCGAGCAUCACUGCUGACUUCUGGCGCGAACUCUGCGUGGACAAAAUAGACAGGCAACCUUUGGUGCAAGUCGCCAUGUGGUCUUUGGGUGAAUACGGGGACAUCAUGCUCUACGACUCGGAGUUCGCCUCAAAGCUGACCGAGGAGGAGAUCCUGGACGUGUACCAGCGUAUGCUCUGGGCACCGCAAAACAACAUAGUCACUAAACAGUACGCCCUCCUUUCGCUGGUCAAACUCAGCACGCGGUUCAAAAGCGCCUUGCAGAGGAUUAACAGGAUGGUAGAGCAAUUUGGCUCCCACCUGCAUAUCGAAAUGCAGCAGCGAGGGGUGGAGUUCACGGCACUGUUCUCGCAAUACGACCAUUUGCGGCCGAGCCUGCUGGAGCGCAUGCCACCCAUUCCGAACACGAAGCCCAAAAUGGACGAGAUGGGCGGCGAUUCGCCAGAGAUGGAAAGUCUCGUGAUUGACCAGGUGGUGGAACAGCAAGACUCGAGCAACGCCCUGCUCCUCCUUCUGGGAACUUCAACAGCAGAGGCGGCGAUUUUGCCCGAAACCAACAUCAACUCAAUCGAGAACAACCAAGACUUGCUAGAUCUGCUGGGAGGCCUCGACGGCCCCUCGCUCAACAAUGUAGACAUUCCCAAAGCACCCAUCCACAAACCAUCAAUGACUGUAUUUGAAAAAGACAACCUGAAAAUCAACUUUGAGGUUGAGCAGACCAUCGACGGCGGUUACGAGAUCCUCAUGACAGCCUACAACUUCAGCAACAACCAGACUCUAGACGAUUUUGUUCUCCAAGCGGCAGUUCCCAAGACAUUCGUGCUAAAAAUGCAGCCAGCGUCUUCAACGCAGCUUCCACCCACUGGCGAAAUAACCCAAGUCAUCAGUAUUAAAAAUCCAACAAACGGCGUUCUUCGCAUGAGACUGAGAAUUUGUUACUCUGUGAAUGGACAGACAGUCACAGAGCAAGCUGAAGUCAAUCAGUUUUCUCCGACCUCUUGAAUUCCUCAAUGUGAUUAAUUUGUAUUUAUUAUCACCGCCGGGACUUCGAUGUUAAUAGCUGUUGGGUUUAGAACGCGUCAAUACUAAAAUAUUAAAAACCGCAUUAUUUUUAAAAACACAAAA